UUCUAAUUUAGUUUUCGCAGAAGCACAUUUCUUUAUUGCGAGGGAAAUACGUGCCUACAGUUCUAUAGCGAAAUGUCUCACAGUGUCUAGUGCAAAAAAUAAAAUUGAAAGAGAAUUGGUGCGACAUUUAACUCGAGAAUAAAAAAAAAAACGGCUUUGCUGUGACAGUAAGGUCAUUCAAUAUAAUUAAUGUUUGAAAUAUCCAAAUUACUCGUUGUUAACGCGGAUACAACAUUAACCUGAGGCAGUUCGUCUUCGUACAGUCUUAGUUCUGCACCAGGAAAUCAGACGUUGUAAAUAAUGCCGGGAAUGAAAAGGUCACAAGGCUCGUUGCGAUGCGCUGGAAUAUUUGCUCUGAUUGGUUGUGCUUUGAACGCUUACGCAGCACCCGUUGUAUUCGAAAAUGAAGCAGAACCGAACCACACGAUGCCAUUGAAGUCUUCUAUUUUUCCAAUCUUCAUCGACAAAGUUCGAACAUCCAUAGGGAGAUCGAAGAGAUAUACUCUUCAAGGGACCAAAUGGAUGCACAAAAAUUUAACAUACAGAAUAAACAAUUACCCCGAAAAUCUGAAUAAAACGGAUGUUGAUAAUGAAAUCGCCAGGGCAUUUGCUGUGUGGUCAAAUUAUACAGACCUGAAAUUCGCAAUAGGAAGUGGAAAGGUCGACAUCGACAUCAGCUUCCACCGCGGAGAUCACGGAUCCAACUGCAAACCGUUCAAAGGAACGUUGGAUAUGACGGCGCACGCUUUUUUCCCGGCGAGUGUACUCACUGGGGAUGCCCAUUUCGACCUGUCUCAAAAUUGGACUAUCAGAAACAACUCCGGUCUCGAUCUCUUUCAGACAGCAGUGCAUGAGUUCGGUCAUUCCCUCGGUCUUGAUCACAGCAACUUUCAGACCGCUGCCAUGUGGCCGGUCGUCAGGAGAUAUUCUCCUAAUUACCAGUUGGACAAUGAUGACAUUACUGGGAUACAAAAAAUCUACGGAACAAAAACUGAAGGUACAAAAAAUAGCACGAAGGAUCAGGACGCUUCACAUAGAGAAGGAAUCCUUUUUUCAGUUACUACAGAGUCUCCACCACCAGCAUCGAAUAAAACAAUGUCUGAAACCAAUAAAAUUCAUGUGAUAAACAAACAUUUGCUGUUAUUACGAUGACCAAUCGCAAGGCGGCAAUAACCUGUCGUGAAAAAAUCCCGUCGACCUUUUCUCCUUGAUCUGAUCCACAGGUGUGGCUGGAAGUAUCGUUGCGGUCUCGUUUUAUUCAU